AGAAAUGGAACAAGUAUUUAAAAUCGGAGGGGGUACUAAGAGCAAGUUUAGCCCCAAGUCUUAAGACUUGGGGUGACAUCAUCAUUUUGAGUCUUAAGAUUUAUACUUAAGAUUUUUCUCAUUUUUCUUCAAAAAUCUCAAGCAAGUCUCAAGUUGAGUCUUGAAAUUUCAAGACUCAACUUAGAGCAAAGCCAAUGGUUGCCCAAAUCAAUAGUGGUCAUCAACUUUUUUUUAUUAAUAUCUCUCUCUUCCAUCUCAUCUAUGCCCAAUUACCAUGCCCAAUUAUGCCCACAUAUACCCAUUGGUUGCCCUCUAAUUUUUUAUGAUCAUAAUAUUCAUCACUAACUAAGAAAAUAAUAAUAAAAAAAUAUACUCCACUCAUACCAUGACAAGUGGCACACACAUAUUGUUUGCCCACCCUUUGCCAAUGGUCAUGGCCAUGACCUGGUCAUUAGAUUUCUCUCUCCUAAAGUAUCAUCUUUUGAAUUUUUAAAUAUUUUUUUUCUUUCUCUUUCUUGAUGCCCACCUUAAAUGGACAACCAUUGACUUUGCUCUUAAGACUUGAGAUUGGGACCCACUUCACCCACUUCACUUUUUUUUAACACUUUUCUACAUAUAAUAUGUCAAAUAUUUAAGUUUUAGGGCUAAAGUGAUAAAUUUGUGCAAGUCUUAGUGAGUCUUAACAAGAAUUUAAUGACAUCAUUUUCAAUGGGAACCACAAAAAAUGAUAUCACAUCCAAGUCUUAAGAUUUGGGACUAAACUUGCUCUAAACCAGUGUGAAUAUUCUUGUUGUAGAAAAACAUCACUCAAAGUCCAAAUGAAAACAAAGUAAUCUUGUCUCUCCGUCAAUUCUCCUCUCCAAAUUCCAAAAAGCCACCUCCUUAUUAUUCCUAAUAAACACCAUUCUCUUUCUCAACUCUUUACCAAUCAUGCCAUUACUCCUCACUCAAAUAAAAUCCCCCUCAUCAUCAUCAUGCUCACACUCACCCCACCAAACUCCUCCUCCCCCUCCCUCCACCUCCUCUCCCUCCUCCUCAAAUGCGCCCAUCUCAUCUCCGCCAACAACACCGCCUCCGCCACCGAUCUCCUCCCCGAAAUCUUCCACCUCUCCUCCCCUUUCGCCGCCUCUCCCGCCGACCGUAUCGCGGCAUUCUUCGCUCAUUCCCUCCACUCUCGUCUCCUCCUCCAUUUUCUCUCUGCUACACCUCACCCCCUUAUCAAAUCCAUCACUUUGUCUUCCCAACUUAAAUCCUUUCAUUCCGCUUUACAAACGUUUAACUCUCUCGCACCCUUUGUGAAAUUCUCCCAUUUUACCGCUAAUCAAGCCAUCUUUGAGUCCGUUCAUGGAUACGAUCGAGUACACAUUAUUGAUCUUGAUGUUAUGCAGGGUCUUCAAUGGCCUGGAUUGUUCCACAUCCUAGCCUCUCGUUCUAAGAAGGUUAGCUCCGUAAGACUCACCGGGUUUGGUCCUUCUUCGGAGUUGCUCAAUCAGACUGGCUCUCGCCUCGCUGAGUUCGCCGCCUCGCUCGGGUUGCCCUUUAAGUUUAACCCAAUUGAGGGUAAGUUCGGGGACAUGUCUGAGCUAGAGUUGACCCGAAUUGAUUUGAGAGCGAACGAGGCUACGGUGGUGCAUUGUAUGCAUCAUAAUUUGUAUGAUAUGAUUGGGUCUAAUUUUGGAAUGUUGAGGGUAUUGAGUAUAGUAAAGCCUAAGUUGGUUACAAUGGUCACUCAAAACAUUGAAAUUUUCGAAACGGGGUCGUUUUUGGAGAGGUUUAUAGAAACGUUGCAUUAUUAUUCGGCUAUGUUUGAUGCCUUAGGUGAGGGAUUGAGUAGAGACAAUGUAUUACGUCAUCAAGUGGAGCAACAACUAUUUGGGAGCGAGAUAAGGAACAUUCUAGCGUGUGAUGAUGUAGGUGGGGUGAGUGUAAGCCGGUGGGGGGACGAGCUUAGUCGUUUCGGGUUUGAGCCAGUGUCGUUGUCUGGUAGCCCGGCUGCACAAGCGAGUUUGUUGUUAGAGAUGUUUCCGUGGAAGGGGUACACAUUGAUGGAGGAAAAUGGGUGUUUAAGGUUAGGGUGGAAGGGUAUGCCUUUGCUUACUGCAUCAGCUUGGCAGCCUUCUAAUUAUAGUUGUGUUACUAAUAAUAGUAAUAUCAUGAGGAAUUAGAGUAUGGUUAUAUUUUCAUAUUACAAAGUUUGAUUGGAAUGAUGCAUUAUUGGAUCGGAUGAAUAUUGGGUGAUAGAGAAGAAGUACAUAAAGACAUAAAGUUAAUAAUGAUCAAAAGUUUGUGUAAAUGUUUCGACAAUAAUUGAAGGGUGAAGUAAAGGAAACGUACAUGUUACUUUUUGAGAAAUUGGAUUCUUUUUUUGUACUCCUAUUAAAAAAGUUUGUGAUCAAAAGUUGUAACACUUUUCAAGCUUGGUUUGAAUUUAAUUGUAUUUUCUUCAUAUGAGAAGCAUCUUGGAGAUUAAUAUUCAACGGUAAAAUAGUGAUUUUACAAACUCACGUUUUUUUCUUUGUUGGUAACUUAUGUAUCAUACAUUCACUCUCAAUAGUUAUAUAUCGGGGCUAACUAGACCUUGUUAGCUCAUUGGUCCACAUUCACCACAAACUCGAGUUUAACUGUUUUC